AUGGCGUUCGCCGUGGGCCCAGCAAAAUCAACCUGCGAAUAUAUCUUGGCGACCGCGCUGGUGGCCGUAUGCCUGGUAAAAGCUGCGGCUGCGCCCGCCACUGCCACGUGGUGGCAGCCCAGCCGCAACGAGAAGUUCCAGUACCAGCUGUCAGUCGCGCUGGACCCCGACAAGCACUUCAUCCCUGGCGUCCAGGUCUACAUUGUUGAUGCGUUCGACACGCCCGCGGACGCUGUCGCCGCGCUCAAAGCCAAAGGGGACGCGUCCGCGCCCGUCGUGCCGGUCUGCUAUAUCAGCGCGGGCACGUGGGAAGACUGGCGGCCAGACGCGGGAGAUUUUGCCGACUCUGAUAAGGGCGCCGCCCUCGGCAACUGGCCGGGGGAGUACUACGCCAACCUCCGCUCCGACAACGUCAGGGCCAUCAUGCGCAGGCGCAUGGAGAUGUGCCGCGAUAAGGGCUUCCUGGCCGUCGACGCCGACAAUGUCGACGCAUACUCCAACGCCAACGGCCUUGGCCUCACGGCAGAGGACCAGCUGGACUACAACACCUGGCUGGCCGCCACCGCCCACGAGCUGGGGCUGGGCAUGGGGCUCAAGAACAACCUGAACCAGAUGGCGCAGCUGGCGCCGCUUUUCGACUUCUUUGUGAACGAGUGA